CGGCGCUGGCGCGGCCAUGGCGGAGCUGGUGCAGGACGAGCUCUCGGCCUUAGCUGCCAUCUUCUGCGGGCCUCACGAGUGGGAGGUGCUGAGCCGCUCAGAAAAGAAUGACUGACUUGUCAAUGUCCUCUUCCUGUCGACUUGCGCACAGCUAAUGAUCAUUUUUGGAUGCCUUCCAGAGACAAACAGGACCGUGGUCAAAAUCCACACCAAGGCAGAAGGACUGGAGGGGGCGCAUGUGCCUUUAGAACUCGUAUUUCAUCUGCCAUUCAGCUACCCGCUGUGCCUACCUGGAAUCUCCGUUCACUCCCAGCACCUGACCAGGGCCCAGCGUGAGGCUGUGAAGGGAAAGUUGCUUGAGCAGGCGGCGAAGCUUGUGUCUGAGCCCAUGGUGCACGAGCUGGUGCUCUGGGUUCAGCAACAUCUCAGGCAUAUCCUGCACCCACCAGAAACCCCGGGGGACAGCGGCAGGUGUCCUUCUCCACCAAGCACGACUGGAGAUGACAGACUGUGGAUGACUCUUCUGCACUUAGAUCACAUGAGAGCGAAGGCCAGAUACAUCAGAACAGUGGAGAAAUGGGCUGCAGACCUGAGGCUGACAGGAAGACUGAUGUUCCUGGGGAAAAUCAUACUGAUCUUACUACAGGGAGACAGACACAGCCUCAAGGAGUACCUGAUUCUUCAGAAAACCUCGAAAGUAGAUGUGGACUCAAGUGGAAAGAAAUGCAAAGAAAAAAUGAUUAGUGUACUGUUUGAAACAAAAGUGCAGACGGAACACAAAAGGUUUCUGGCAUUUGAAGUCAAAGAGUAUUCAGCGUUGGAUGAAUUACAAAAGGAAUUUGAAACCGCAGGACUUAAGCAGCUUUUCUCUGAAUUUGUACUUGGGCUGGUAAAAUGAAAUGGAAAACAGGAGUUUUUUUUUUUUUU